GAAAACCUCCCGGGUGCAGCGAGAGAAGUUCCUCAUAGAGAGCGGCUGCAGGAGCAGCGUCCACAUCGCCUCACACCGGGCUCCUCACUGACCUGGCGGCUACGGAAGGGGACAACUAGGAAAAUAUGGGAUGCAUCAAAUCAACAGCGAAAGGCCAAGCGUCUCCAGUCGAAAACGAUUUCAAGAGCUAUCCAGUACGUAAACCUGAACGAACUAUUUAUGUACCAGAUCCAACGUCCAAUAAGCAGCGCAGGCCACCACAAAAUGGAGGAAGUCUAUUACCUGGGCAGAGGAUGCAACAUGCAGAAGCGGAGGAGACUGGGAAUAUAGUAGUAGCUUUAUAUCCGUAUCAAGGAAUCCAUCAAGAUGACUUAACUUUCAAAAAAGGAGAAAAAUUAAAAAUACUUGAAGAACACGGGGAAUGGUGGAAAGCAAAGUCCUUAUCCACCAAGAAAGAAGGAUUCAUACCUAGUAACUACGUGGCCAAAGUCAACACGUUAGAAACGGAAGAAUGGUUUUUCAAAGAUAUAACAAGAAAAGAUGCAGAAAGACAGCUGUUAGCACCUGGGAAUACUGCUGGAGCUUUUCUUAUCAGAGAAAGUGAAACCCUGAAAGGCAGCUACUCCUUGUCAAUAAGGGAUUUUGAUGCAAAGAACGGUGAUGUCAUCAAGCACUACAAAAUCAGGACUCUUGACAAUGGUGGAGUUUACAUUUCCCCCCGGAUUACGUUCCCGUGCAUCAGUGACAUGAUCCAGCAUUACCAAAGACAAGCAGAUGGCCUAUGCAGGAAAUUGGAAAAACCCUGUUUUAGUCCCAAACCACAAAAACCAUGGGAUAAAGAUGCUUGGGAAAUUCCAAGGGAGUCUGUUAAACUAGUGAAGAAACUUGGAGCUGGACAGUUUGGUGAAGUCUGGAUGGGUUUUUAUAAUAAUAAUACAAAAAUUGCAGUGAAAACCCUGAAGGCAGGAACCAUGUCCGUGGAAGCAUUCAUGGAGGAAGCCAACUUGAUGAAGACGCUCCAACAUGACAAGCUAGUGAGACUUUACGCUGUGGUCACUAAAGUGGAACCAAUUUACAUUAUUACUGAAUAUAUGGCAAAGGGAAGCCUACUAGAUUUUCUCAAGAGUGAUGAAGGUUCUAAGCUGCUUCUUCCAAAGCUGAUUGACUUCUCUGCUCAGAUUGCAGAAGGUAUGGCGUACAUAGAAAGAAAGAAUUACAUCCACCGUGAUCUUAGGGCAGCGAAUGUGCUGGUCUCUGAGUCUCUCACGUGUAAGAUAGCGGACUUUGGUCUGGCUCGCGUUAUUGAAGAUAAUGAAUAUACAGCAAGAGAAGGUGCAAAAUUCCCCAUCAAAUGGACUGCUCCAGAGGCAAUCAACUUUGGGUCAUUCACGAUAAAAUCUGAUGUGUGGUCCUUUGGAAUAUUGCUGUAUGAAAUUAUAACAUAUGGAAAGAUACCAUAUCCAGGUAUGAGCAAUGCAGAUGUGAUGUCUGCGCUCCAGCGCGGCUAUCGAUUGCCACGUAUGGAUUCUUGCCCUGAAGAACUGUAUGAAAUCAUGAAACAAUGCUGGAAGGAGAAAGCUGAAGAGAGACCCACAUUUGAUUACUUGCAAAGUGUCUUGGACGACUUCUACACAGCGACAGAAGUGCAGUAUCAACAACAGCCAUAGAUGAUGGACAAACCCUUACUGUGUGCGGAAAACGAUUGAGCCGGCCGGAGAUAACCCACAUCCAGUAGUGUAUGUUUCUUUACCAUGGCUGUCUCAUAUCCCAAGCUUCAGAGGGUACAUUACAUGCGGCCGUCGGCAUCAGAUUCUUACAUUUGUGUAUAUAAUGGACUAAAUUAAUCUGGUUUCUUUAUCUGAGUAUUUAAAAGAUUUUUAGUGAGCUGUGGCUGGGAAUUUCCAGCGGUCACCUAUUCACAGCCUGUGCAGCUACUUUGAGUUUCUGCAGUGUACGUAAUCAUGUAGCGUGCCAUUCACUUCAGUAAUGUGAUCAGUUUCUGUUAACCGAUGAGCUGAGUGUUCAGUUCAAGGAAAUGGUUUGCUUAUUGGACGAUCUCACUGUUCCAUGACUGCGCAGAGUAGCCAAACCUGUCUGAACUGUCCUCACAGGCACACAGCACCCGUGUGUUAUAUGUGUGCCUACGGAUUACAGGUCCUAACAUGUGAAAAGACGUUCCUGAGCAUGUGUGGAAGAGGAAACAGAGCUGAACAUGUCAUUAAACCCUGUAGGAUUGCAGAUCAAUGCAGUAGGUUCACCUGCAAUCCUGCGUAAGUGUUGUGAGCUCACUCAUUUCUGCUACAUCAUCGCCCAUUUCCAAAUCUAUUCCAAGGCAUGAAUGUUAGUAAGCUACCAUAAGUGUCAUACUCGGGGACUGUAACAGGAAAACAACAAUCACAGACCGGUCAUUAUUUUUGAAUAAUUAAAUGUAGUGUAAAUGAAUGGUUUAAUUAUCAGAGAGACAGCGGAGAAGUGGAUACCAAAAAGUGCCUUUAAAAAUGUGGCCAAACAUUCAGGUGCUGCUGCUCCCUUGGCCAGAUUUUUUUCAUUUUUUUUUUUAACAACCCUGUGCACAAUUCCACCAAUACUUAUUUUUUCUUGCUUUUGGAACCAAUUUUUGGUCUAUAGCCAAUAAAAGGAUGUGUGGCUAUAAAGGGCAGCUCACCCAUAAAUGUGGAGAAGAAGAGUAAUGGAGUCCGACCCUGGUUAUGUUUUUUUUUUUUUACAUUUUAUUUUUAUCUUGUGGCAUUAACUGCCUGGUAUGAAAUAUAUUUUCUGUGUAAAGUAGCUGCUUAGAAGAAAAAA